AUGGCGAGAAAUAAUACAGUUUCACGCGAAGAACAACAGGUGAUAAUAAGGCGCGAGCAAUUGGAAGGCGAUUCAGUAAGGGAUUUAUCGUCAGAGCAGGAUCAGCAGCUUUCUUUGAUAAAUCUUGUGCAAGAUAUUUCAUUGCAAGAGGAAAGUAGAGCGACCGAGCAAGCCGAGCCGAUUGAAAGUGAGGGUGAUUCACCGCAAGGAUCAAAUGAACAUAGAACGCCCGAACGAUCAAACGAUCCGAAUGCUGAGGAUGACCAAAUGAAGUGGUCUAAUUUGCGAACACCGCCACCCAGUUCACGCGAUCAUCCAUUUUUAAUUAACAUCACUUGGGCACCAAAAAGGCUAAAAGUCUAUCGCAAAAAAGGAGAAACACCGGAAUUAAUAACAUGA